ACGUGGCUGGCAUUUUGUUCUUUUUCCCAAAUUCCAAGGAGCGUUCAAGUGAUCAAUUCAUUUACGGGAUAUGUAGACUUGCUUAUAUGCAUUGGCAAGUAGCGUACUUUUAUUUAAGGUUUAUUUGAUUCUCUGGAAUACCUAAAUAUUCUAAAUUAUAUUCAUAUUUGAACUAAUGCAUUUAACUUGAAUUUGGAUGGAGUUUCUUGUGCUAAUAUGCUGCGAAACUUCUAGAGCUGUGGGCCAUUGUCGCUUGCAGUCGCAGCCGCUACUUUGAAUCAAUUCCUUUGCAAGUAGGCCUAGCAAGGCAAAAGGAAGCUGCAAGUCGAAACGUUGUUGCAGGCUACAAAAAUGUCAAGUAAUGAAAUGAAGCAAAGGAAGAAGACCACGGCUCAGAAACAAAAUGACGAACCGGUUGAAACAUCAAAGUACACUUCCGAAGAUGAAGCAAAGACAGCAAAAGCUAUGGAAGGAAAUAGAUUGGCUGAAAGUAAAAGCUCCUCGCCGUCCUCCCUGGAUCUGAAAACGAUAACUUGUCUGCUUUCACUGAUAGUUUGCAUAUUGCUUACUUGGGUGGUAUUGCAGCAGAAUGCAAGGUUCUCCGACGUGGAAGAAAAGUACCAACUACUGUCUGGGAAGACUGCAAGUCUCCUUGAAAUGGAGGAGGAAGUCAUCAAGGUGUCCAAGAAGUGCGAGGUCAUCCAGAUCCUGUUGGAGCAUCUAGGGAGGCAGCCUGGUGGUCUCCUGCCCCACUUGGAGGCCCUGGAGCGGGAUGUAAGCCAGCUGAAGGACUGGGCGUCCGGCCUAACGGAGAAACGCAGCCUGCUCCAGGACAGCGUGGCGGCGCUGACCAAGGCUGUGGGACAAAUCGAGGGACGCACCUCUGCCAUCACUAAGGAUGUCAACACUAAGGUAGCGUCGGUGCGGACGGACGUACGUCGGAUGGAUGGGCUCCAGUCGGAGGUGGAGUCUCUCCUGGAGAAGGUACGGGUGCUGGAGGAGAGGGCCACCCAGGCAGAACGCAGCAUGGUCAAACGCAUCGGCGACCUGCUUGCCGGCAGCAUUGACCGCAUCCAGGGCCUCAAGGCCGCCACGGAGCGCAACGCCCAAGCCCUGGAGCAGCUCAAACGCCGCCUCCCUGAGCUGUUCGCCAACGACCGGCAGAUCUCGGAGCGCCUGAGGGAGCUGGAGAGCAACCGCGCCCGAUUGGUCCGCACGGUGACCUUUGCCGGCGACCUCAAGCCCAAGGUGGCAGCCAUCAAGCGGGACUUCGGGGCGCUAGCUCCGCAGGUGGAUGAGCUGACCCUGAGGAUUGGCCGUCUGGCCGAGGAUCUGACCAAAAGGGAGGAGGACAUCGCAGCGCUACGGCAGACGUUCGCUAACCUCAGCGCUGUGGAGGAGGACCUAGGAGUUGUGACACAGCAGUUGAGUCAGAUAGUUGAGCCUGAGAUGCCCGUAGUGGGAGGAGAGAUGCUUCUACAGAAGGUCAACGUGAGUGAAGCCCUCCCUCAGACACUGGAAGGAGAGCUGUGAAGGAGUGCUUUUUUAUAAGCUAUAGAUCUACAGAGUAAAUGGCAAACUUUCAGCUUGUCACCAAUCAUUCCCUUACAAUAACUUGCACAUUUUUGUAAAUUUCAAACAGAGUUUGCUGAUCUCUCUGUACACAUGGUCGACCCCACCUAGCCCUUACAACAGGUACUUCUGGAUUCCCCCUCAGAGAUCUUGAUUAAUUUUACAUUUACAUUUACGUAAUUUAGCAGACGCUCUUAUCCAGAGCGACUUACAAAUAGGAUUAAUGUAAGCAAUAUGGUGGAAACCCCAGAAUAUCAGGUUACUUCCCCUAUACAUUCCAGUAUACUUUCCAUUUACUGUAUACCUAUACAGAUCUUCAGGGGGUUGAGCGGUAAGUGCUAGGGGUUAGGUUGAGACUAACUGGGCCUUUUGUCUAGAAUGCAGACUAAUUUAUGUUGCUUUACAAAUUGUUUAUUUGAAUGAACCUGUCCUAUGAGUAGGUUGAUGUUCAUUGGGAUUAUUCUUGUCCAGGAGGCAGAGCAAUUUCCACUAGCUGGGCCAGUGGCAAAGUCAAAAUUGGCUAUAUAUCGUCAAAAUUCAUGAAAACAAAAAUGUGCUUUUUGGUCUUAAUUUAAGGUUA